UUUGGAUGCGAAGGAGAGCUGCUGAGACAGAGACAUGGAGCAAACCGAGCUGGUGAAGCCGCAGACUCUGGACGAGCUGAUUCAGACUCUGCAUCGCAUCUUUGAGGCGGAUUACAUCAACGUGGAGGAGGUCCAGAACCUGAUGGAAUCAUACGAGAGCAAGACUCAGCAAUGGAUGAAAUACGCAAAGUUCGACCAGUACAGAUACACAAGGAAUUUGGUCGAUGAAGGUAACGGGAAGUUCAACCUGAUGAUAUUGUGUUGGGGAGAAGGCCACGGCAGCAGUAUCCACGACCACACAAACUCCCACUGUUUCAUGAAGCUGCUGCAGGGCCAGCUGAAGGAAACGCUCUUUGAGUGGCCAGACAAUAAAGCACACGGUGAUAUGAUCCAGAAGUCUCAGAGAGUUCUGCAGGAAAACAAGGUUGCUUACAUAAAUGACUCCAUUGGCCUGCAUCGUGUGGAAAAUGUCAGCCAUACAGAAUGUGCAGUCAGUUUGCACCUUUAUAGUCCCCCAUUCGAGAGCUGCCAGACCUUUGACCAGAGGACGGGCCACAAGAAUACUGUCAAGCUCACUUUCUGGAGCAAAUAUGGAAAUAAGACUCCAUAUCUGUCUACAGUCUCACAGGAAAACAACUAAUAAUCAGCAAAGGAGGAGCAGGAUGACAACAGGAGUUUUCAAAAUGACUGUUGUGAAACUGAGUCAAGGGAAACUGCUGGGAAAGCAAAAUGUAAAUUUGUUAUGACCAAGCAGCCCACUUAAAAUCAGAAGCGGGCCAGUUCAAAAGGACAACCUGGUAAUUAGAAUGGCUUUAUCGCUGCCCAGUGUCAGUUUGGCAAAUACUGAUGAGCGCAGGAUGAAUGCCUGAAUAGGGUUGGCUGUGGUCUGAAUGUGCCCUUUGUUUGCUCAACCUGAGCAAAUAACAUUCCCGUGUAUCCAUACCUGUGCCAAAUGUUUGUAAAAUAAUUAGAAUACAGUGAAAAUAUUGCUGUUAUACUAUCUCUC